AUGAAUGGAGGCAGUGAGGGGUUGGGAAAGACUGAGUGGUAAGUAAGGUAGAAAUGCAAUGAAACAUGUCAUUAUUUUGUACAGGUUUAAAGUUCUUGAAUAUCCUUCACUUACUUUGUCAAAGUAAUUAAAGUAAUUAAAGUACAUGUUAUUUAUAAUGUCAGCCAUUACUUUAGUUAUACAUUGUUGUAUUGUAUUUUUAUUAACUGCACUGUACAUGCAACAGAGACUUUUUGUUUUUACUCAGCAUUUCUGCCUGGCUCCAGUUUCGUCUUCCAGAUGGCAGUUUGUUAACAAACUCUUUCCCACCUGAUACUCCUUUGCAGACCAUCCAACAGUAUAUCAUCACUGUGAGUAGUUGAUUUUUACAAGAACACAUACUUGUAUAUAUAAAAAUGAGCAAAAUUUAAGGAGCUUUCAGGGAAUUCAAUAUAGAUAAGUAGAGGAGAAUUCAGUGUUAAAUGUAUUGGAACUAUAAUUGUUAGGUUCUUAUUUUAGGGGCCAGAAAUAGUUUUUUCUAGAAUUCCUCCUAAAGUCAGACAAGAUAUACCAAUUCUUAGGUCUGCAUUAGAUUCUUAAUUUUCUGCAACCUUGUCUGUGUGUGUCCAAACAAAGAUUCUCUUCAAGACCAUUUGGUUUUUGUCAAUCGUCUCUACAGCCAUCAACCCCUCCAAAACACGAGUGAGCUCUUUUAAGCAAAUUUGUUAAAAAUCUACUGAAAAUAAGUUUUAUUAAUUUAGAUCUUUUCAAUUGUUCUCAGCAACUUGGACCCAGGACCAGCUCAAUAACAAUGUUCACCACCUACCUUAGGCAGAAGCUGAGCAAAGAAGACUAG